GUGAUGUAUCAAAUUAUUAGGGGGGGGGGCACGAGCCAUGAGCUAAAAUAACCGUCUUAGGAGACCUAAGCCGAGCAAAAAAUGUGCCAUCGCCUCGUUGUUAGUAUGCUCAAAAGGCCCUAGUUUUUCUUCUGUUGCAGCAGGAAAAGGACAUCAAAUAUUCAUUGUCAAGCAGCCCCUGAAAAAACAUUGUGCGCUAUUAUCUUUCUACCUUUGUAUACCAUAAAGAAAGGUCGAGCUAUUAUAUUGACAAUGACUGUUAGCCACAAUGGCAAGUCUCGCUUGAUAGGAUUCAUUGGAAAUCAACGUGGCCUAAAUGCAUGUCAAAGUGAAAUGUUCGUAGAAGUUGAUAGAUUACAAGAGCUGAUAAAUGGAUGGUGAAAAUAAAUCCAUGAAUGGACAGGCGUGCAUGCAGGCGCCAGUUGGGUCUGCUAUCAGCCAGACAAAUCUUGUUACAGACGAAGAAACCAGAAAACAACCUUGGUAUUUAGACUGUGGAUGUCGAUCUCUCUCGUGGAAACAAAUAUUAUGGAGAGUUAUAAAUGGGUUAAUGGCAGUUAUCUUUGGGGCAGCCGCAGUGUUACAGUGGAAUGACCCUGAUUCCCAUGCAUGGACGACUGUGUACAUUAUACCGUGUUUGCUUUCAAUUGGUGUGACGAUUUGGAUUCAUAUUCAGGAUUUCAUCUUAUGGAAGGUUUUAGCCGCUCUUCAUUUAAGUGCCUGCGUAGGAGGCAUGAUCUACCUUUCGAUUACAUAUGGGGAGAAAAUCUCAGCUGCAUCUCCAAACAUCACGAGUGUCGAAGAGGGGUGGGAGCUAUGUGGUCUUCUAGUCGUUAUUUUGUGGCUCGCCCUGGCAAUUAUCAUCGCAUCAUAUAGAAGCUGUUGGAUGUGCUUUAUAAGGCAAACACGUGGACUGCCUUCUCGAGUUAUUUUUAGAAAUCAUGGACAGUUCGAGCCAGAGCCUUUGGAUUAGAAAAGAAGUAACAAAGAAUAAACAAACUAUUAGAAAAGCAUCAUAGUUUAACGCAGUUAUGGUGGCAGGGUAGGCGACACUAUCCUAUGUGAUAUGUGGUCUUUGUUGAUGAACAUUUACAUGAAUGAAUAUGCUGUCAUGGCAAUCAGAAGCCCUCAUAGUUAAACAAGCGGUAUACAUUUGUCAUCCUUAGUUAAAGUAUGAAGGCAUUUUAAUAGUAGCCGUGAUCCCACUUUUCUCUGUAAACCCUUCUCUUUUCCUUUGUUAGAACUUUCGCUAAAAGCCUUCAAACCCCUCCCUAGCAAUGCCAGCUGAAGAAAAAUAAAAGAACUUAAAAAUGCCCAAACAUAAAGCAUAUUUCUUGACUCAUUUGAUUGUCUUACAAUACUUUCAAGUAUUAAUGUAAUAGCAAUAUUUUACUGCGUCUUAAGAAUCUAUUUAAGAGGUAAUUGAGUUCUUUACAGUAUUAAGAUGUGAUCUUUCUAUAGAGUUAUAUUAUCGUGCUGACAGAGAACACAAUUUUUAACUCUACAUGUAUAUAAUUUAUUGUUAUGAACAGAAACGAGAGUUUUGAGGCAAAUGAAAUUUCUGAGUUUCCAUGCAUUCAGAGUGAGUUAUUAUGAAAACA